UGCGUGCACUGCUUCAAGAAGUGCAAUGGGAGACGGGCACUGCAUAACCACGUCCGCUACUGCAACGACAACCCGGACAAGGAAGCGAUUGCCAAGAAGCGCAAGAAGAACAACGACAGAGGUGCGCAUUGCGGGGCUUGCGGGCAGGAUUUCAACAAGAAAAAC